CUGGACGAACGAUGCAAACGAGAGGCCACGACGUUGCCAGAUUUCCCAACCCGACCCGGCAUCCUCCACUUUGCAACAGCCCAAGACCAGCGAGCCUCUGAUUAGCUACCGAUGGACGUCUCCAUGCAAUUCGCCUGACGGCUUCUGGACGGCUAGACAGCCACCGCCAUGCUCUUGCUCACCGACUUGAGCUUCAACAGCUGGACUGGAGAGUGCCUCGAGCAAGCUGGGUUUCUGGUCUCGUUGCUUUUUUGGCUUGGAGACUAUUUGCUGCUUUUGUCUUCAGCCGCACCCCCUCCCCUGCUCUGUGUGCUGGUUUGUGUUUCCUUUCCUUUCUUUUUUUUAUUUAUUAAUUUUUUCCCCAUCUUUUUCCUUUUUUUCUCUUAUUCCACGCCUUCCAUUUCUCCCAGUUUCCCAGUUUCACCCUUCUUCCUUUUGAUGCUGCCCUAACUUGACCUGGCUUGGUCUGGGUCAGUCCGUCGUCAGUAUUAUUCCGGACACUGUCCUCAGCGAGCCGUCCUCCCUCCUCAAUC